AAGUGCCAUUUCCAGCGUGCACUGCCAUUUGGCUUUGGGCUGGAAAAAAUUUCCCCCAACUCCAGCCUUUUCCCAAAUGCAUUGUUUUUCUCUAGGAAUGCUUUAACUUGUUUUGUUUAGCUGUAAGAAUUUGUAACACGGUAUUUUUGCUUCGGUCUUAUUGUACUUGAAGGGAGGAAACAACUGUUAAUGUAUAAAGCUACGUGUUUCUCGUUGCACUUUUAGAGUUAAAACACAUUUAGAAUAUGGGUAACUCAUUCGACACUGGAGUUCUUUUAAUUCUUCUGAAAGAUUUCAACUCCUCCAGAAUCCAAAAUGGAACACAGUAAACAGAUUCGAAUUUUACUACUGAACGAAAUGGAAAAGCUGGAAAAGACCCUUUUCAGACUUGAGCAAGGGUUUGAGCUACAGUUCCGAUUGGGCCCAACUUUGCAGGGAAAACCAGUUACUGUAUAUACAAAUUAUCCAUUUCCUGGAGAAACAUUUAAUCGACAUAAAUUCCGUUCCCUGGAUUGGGAAAAUCCAACAGAAAGAGAAGAUGAUUCUGAUAAAUACUGUAAACUUAAUCUGCAGCAGUCUGGAUCAUUUCAGUAUUACUUCCUUCAAGGAAAUGAGAAGAGUGGUGGAGGUUACAUAGUCGUGGAUCCUAUUUUACGAGUUGGUGCUGAUAGCCAUGUGUUACCCUUGGAUUGUGUUACUCUGCAGACAUUUUUAGCUAAGUGUUUAGGACCUUUUGAUGAAUGGGAAAGCAGAAUUAGGGUUGCAAAAGAAUCAGGCUACAACAUGAUUCACUUCACCCCGCUGCAGACUCUUGGACUGUCUAGGUCAUGCUACUCCCUUGCCAAUCAGUUAGAAUUAAAUCCUGACUUUUCAAGACCUGAUAGAAAGUACACCUGGCAUGAUGUUGGGCAACUGGUAGAAAAACUGAAGAAGGAGUGGAAUGUUCUUUGUAUUACAGAUGUUGUCUACAAUCAUACUGCUGCUAACAGUAAAUGGCUCCAGGAACACCCAGAGUCUGCAUAUAAUCUUGUGAAUUCUCCACAUUUAAAACCGGCCUGGAUUUUAGACAGAGCACUUUGGCAUUUCUCCUGUGAGGUUGCAGAAGGGAAAUAUAGAGAAAAAGGAAUCCCUGCUUUGAUUGAAAAUGAUCACCACAUGAAUUGCAUUCGAAAAGUAAUUUGGGAGGAUGUUUACCCAAAGAUUAAACUGUGGGAAUUUUUCCAAGUACAUGAACACAGAGCAGUUGAGGAAUUUAGAAGGCUGCUCACACAAGAAAAUAGAAGAACAACCAAGUCUGAUCCAAAACAACAUCUUAAGAUUAUUCAGGAUCCUGAAUAUAGACGCCUUGGCUGUACUAUAGAUAUGAACAUUGCAUUGGCAACUUUCAUACCACAUAACAAUGGACCAGCCGCAAUUGAAGAAUGCUGUAAUUGGUUUCGUAAGAAAAUUGAGGAAUUAAAUUCAGAGAAAUAUCAACUCAUACACUAUCAUCAGGAACAGGCAGUUAAUUGCCUUUUGGGAAAUGUGUUUUAUGAACGAAUGGCUGGCCAUGGUCCUAAACUAGGACCUGUCACUAGAAAACAUCCCUUAGUUACCAGGUAUUUUACUUUCCCAUUCCAAGAAAUGGACUUAUCCACAGAAGAGUCCAUGAUGCACCUCCCUGAUAAAGCUUGUUUCUUCAUGGCACAUAAUGGAUGGGUGAUGGGAGAUGACCCUCUUCGAAACUUUGCUGAGCCAGGUUCAGAUGUUUACUUAAGGCGAGAACUUAUAUGCUGGGGCGACAGUGUUAAAUUGCGCUACGGAAAUAAGCCAGAGGAUUGUCCUUACCUAUGGGCACACAUGAAAAAAUACACUGAAAUCACUGCGACUUAUUUCCAGGGUGUACGUCUUGAUAACUGCCACUCAACACCUAUUCAUGUGGCUGAGUACAUGUUGGAUGCUGCUAGGAAAUUACAACCCAAUUUAUAUGUAGUAGCUGAACUAUUCACAGGAAGUGAAGAGCUGGACAAUAUCUUUGUCACUAGACUGGGCAUUAGUUCCUUAAUAAGAGAGGCGAUGAGUGCAUAUAAUAGUCAUGAAGAGGGCAGAUUAGUUUACCGAUAUGGUGGAGAACCGGUUGGAUCCUUUGUUCAGCCCUGUCUGAGGCCUUUAAUGCCAGCUAUCGCACAUGCCCUGUUUAUGGAUAUUACCCAUGAUAACGAGUGUCCUAUUGUGCAUAGAUCAGCCUACGAUGCUCUUCCAAGUACCACAAUUGUGUCUAUGGCAUCUUGUGCUAGUGGAAGUACACGAGGCUAUGAUGAAUUAGUGCCUCAUCAGAUAUCAGUGGUUUCUGAAGAACGGUUUUACACUAAGUGGAAUCCUGGAGCAUUGCCAUCAAAUGUGGGUGAUGUUAAUUUCCAGAGUGGAAUUAUUGCAGCCAGAUGUGCUAUCAAUAAACUUCAUCAAGAGCUCGGAGCCAAAGGUUUUAUUCAGGUAUAUGUAGAUCAAGUUGAUGAAGACAUAGUGGCAGUGACCAGACAUUCACCUAGUAUCCAUCAGUCCGUUGUGGCUGUGUCUAGAACUGCUUUCAGGAAUCCCAAAACUUCGUUUUACAGCAAGGAAGUACCUCAGAUGUGCAUCCCUGGCAAAAUUGAAGAGGUUGUUCUUGAAGCUAGAACUGUUGAGAGAAACACACAACCAUAUGUAAAGGAUGAGCAUUCAAUCAACGGGCUGCCAAACAUCACAGUAGAAAUUAGGGAACAUAUUCAGCUCAAAGAAAGUAAAAUUGUAAAACAAGCUGGAAUUGCCACAAAAGGUCCAAAUGAAUAUAUUCAAGAAAUAGAAUUUGAAAACUUGUCUCCAGGAAGUGUUAUCGUAUUCAGAGUUAGUCUUGAUCCACAUGCACAAGUUGCUGUUGGAAUUCUUCGGAACCAUCUGACACAGUUCAGUCCGCACUUUAAAUCUGGAAGCCUUGCUGUUGACAACUCGGAUCCUAUUUUGAAAAUCCCAUUUGCUUCUAUUGCCUCUAACUUGACUUUGGCUGAGCUAAAUCAAAUACUUUACCGAUGUGAAUCAGAGGAACAAGAAGAUGGUGGAGGUUGUUACAACAUACCAAACUGGUCAUCCCUUAAAUACGCAGGUCUUCAAGGAUUAAUGUCUGUAUUGGCAGAAAUUAGACCAAAGAAUGAUUUGGGGCAUCCUUUUUGUGAUAAUUUGAGAUCCGGAGAUUGGAUGAUUGACUAUGUCAGUGGCCGGCUUAUUUCACGAUCAGGAAAUAUUGCUGAAGUCGGCAAAUGGUUACAGGCUAUGUUCUUCUACCUGAAGCAGAUUCCACGAUAUCUUAUCCCAUGUUAUUUUGAUGCAAUAUUAAUUGGUGUAUAUACCACUCUUCUGGAUAUAGCAUGGAAGCAGAUGUCAAGCUUUGUUCAGAAUGGUUCAACAUUUGUAAAACACCUUUCAUUGGGGUCAGUUCAGAUGUGUGGAGUAGGAAAAUUCCCUUGUCUGCCCCUUCUGUCUCCUUCACUUUGGGAUGUGCCACACAGGGUAAAUGAGAUCACAAAAGAAAAGGAGCAGUGUUGUGCUUCUCUGGCUGCAGGCUUACCUCAUUUUUCUGCUGGUCUUUUCCGCUGUUGGGGAAGGGAUACUUUUAUUGCACUUAGAGGUCUUUUGCUGGUUACUGGACGCUACUUAGAGGCCAGGAACAUUAUUUUAGCAUUCGCUGGUACUCUGAGGCAUGGUCUUAUCCCCAACCUCCUUGGUGAAGGAGUUUAUGCCAGGUACAAUUGCCGGGAUGCUGUGUGGUGGUGGCUGCAGUGUAUUCAGGAUUACUGUAAGAUCGUCCCGAACGGUCUAGACAUUCUCAAGUGUCCAGUGUCCAGGAUGUAUCCAACAGAUGAUUCUGCUCCUUUGCCUGCUGGUACACUGGAUCAACCACUAUUUGAAGUGAUACAAGAAACUAUGCAAAGACAUAUGCAGGGCAUACAGUUCCGAGAGAGAAAUGCUGGCUCACAGAUAGAUCGGAACAUGAAGGAUGAAGGUUUUAAUAUAACUGCAGGGGUUGAUGAAGAAACAGGAUUUGUUUAUGGUGGAAAUCGCUUCAAUUGUGGCACGUGGAUGGAUAAAAUGGGAGAAAGUGACAGAGCUAGAAACAGAGGAAUCCCAGCCACUCCAAGAGAUGGGUCUGCUGUGGAAAUUGUAGGCCUUGCCAAAUCUGCUGUUCGCUGGUUGCUGGAAUUAUCCAAAAAAAAUAUUUUUCCUUAUCAUGAAGUUAGAAUAAAAAGACACGGGAAAGUUGUAGCCGUCUCAUAUGAUGAGUGGAACAGGAAAAUACAAGACAACUUUGAAAAGCUGUUUCAUGUUUCGGAAGACCCUUCAGACCCUAAUGAGAAGCAUCCAAAUCUAGUCCACAAACGGGGCAUCUACAAAGAUAGUUACGGAGCUUCCAGUCCUUGGUGUGACUACCAGCUCAGGCCGAACUUUACCAUCGCAAUGGUCGUGGCCCCUGAGCUCUUUACUGCAGGAAAAGCAUGGAAAGCUUUGGAGAUUGCAGAAAAAAAAUUGCUGGGCCCCCUAGGCAUGAAAACCUUAGAUCCAGAUGAUAUGGUGUACUGUGGAAUUUAUGACAAUGCCUUAGACAAUGACAACUACAAUCUUGCUAGAGGUUUCAAUUAUCAUCAAGGACCUGAGUGGCUAUGGCCUGUUGGAUAUUUCCUUCGUGCAAAGUUAUAUUUUGCCAAAUUGAUGGGUCCAGAGACUACUGCAAAAACUGUGUUUUUGGUCAAAAAUGUUCUUUCCCGACAUUAUGUUCAUCUUGAGAGAUCCUAUUGGAAAGGUCUUCCAGAACUGACCAAUGAAAAUGGCCAAUACUGUCCUUUCAGCUGUGAGACACAAGCUUGGUCAAUUGCUACCGUUCUUGAAACACUUUAUGAUUUGUAGCUGAUUCAUAGAUAUUUAAUAUGUAUGCAACCAUUUAUAUUAUGAAAUACAAGUGAUAAUACAAUGUAACUGCUUUAUAUGCACAAGCUAAAGUCAUUUCAAGAAUUGCACCUAUAUACUACUGAUGCCCAGUUAAGAUUGUAAAAGCAUUGGGCUUUUCUCUCUUCGGUUUUUGUUUGUUUGUUGUAGUGCUGUGGCUCACACCCAGGACCUUGCGCAUGCUAGGCAAGCACUGUAUCACUGAACUGUAUCCUCAGCCCUCUCCCUCUAACACGCAGAGAUAGCUUACAAUUUGAAUCAGAAAGAAAAGUUAUUAACAGUGGAUUUUUCCUUUUUAAUAAGAGUCCUUUAAAUAUGUAGAAAUCCCAGAGUUACAAGAAGAAAAAUCAUGUAGUCUUCAACUUGUAUGUGAGUGAAAAUAAAAUGGGAAAACAGAAAAAUGGAAAGGGAUCUUUGAAUUGUGGAACGUGCUAUCUUCAAAAUCAGUGUAUGUGGAUUACCUUAUGGUUCUAACCAUCAUUAUCAGUCUUAGCGCCUUGCACAAUAGACAAUGCAUUUAUUUCAUAAAUAUUUCUUAAAUGUAGAAUGAGGGAAGUUUCCACCUAGAAUAUAUGCUCGUAAAUGGAGUACAGACAUUUAAAAUAUGGUUUUAUUUUGUUCACUGAUAAUAUAUGUUUUAAAGCCAACAUUAUAUUUAACGUAACUUAUUUGUGCUAAUGGUUUUAUAAAAUAUAUGGGAAAAACAGCAUUAUGAAAUUGCUUUCCUAGAAACAGUUUUGUAAAAUCAGUCUUUAGUUACAAUUUCUUAUUGUGAGAUUGUUUAUGUUUUCAAAAUGGAAAGUGUUGGUCAUUUUGAGGACUUUAAAAAAAAUAUUAAUUUUCUAAAAUUUGACCGCCAACUUUAGUUUGUAUACAAGAAUCUAUUCAUGUAGAAACUGGUUUUCUGUUAACAAAAACCUACAUUGACAAUUUCAGUGAACAGUAUUAAUGUAAUCAAACGAUAGAUAAGAAUUCAGCAGUUAUGAAUUCAGUAAAAUAAUUUGAAAAGUAUGUUAAGAUAUCUUAAAUCUGAAAAGCAAUAAAAGGAAAAAGAUUUUUAACAUUUAUAUGAGUUGACUUUUUUAAUAGUACUUAUUUUUUAAAUGGAAUUGUUUUUACUCUAUUUUUUCUCAAAAAAAGCAAUUAGAUCAUUAUACCUUCUUUCAGAAGAAAGUAGUUGUAAAAAUUCGUUUACACCAGCGUAGGGCACAUGCCUGUAAUCCCAGGUGUUUCCAAGGCUGAGGCAGGAGGAGUGCAAGUUUGAGACCAGACUGUUCAGUUUAGUGAGACCCUGUCUCGGAAAUAAAAUUAAAAAGGCUGGUAAGCAGCUCGGUGGUAGAGUGCUUACCUAGCAUGCAUGAGGCCCUGGGUUUAUUCCUGGUAUCACAAAAUAAAUAAAAUAUACAUACUACUUAAUUAUUCAAGGGGAGAUUACAUAUAUUAAUAUAUAUAAUUAAUGCGGUAAUGGUAUAGUAUUACUUUUCUCAGAGAUCAAUACCUCAGUGAUGACUGAGAAAUAAAAAUAGAGAAAAACAUGAAAACUAAAAUUCCUGUGUACAAAAAUUUAUAAAUGCGUAAACUUCAAACAGUCAUGCUUCAUGGCCUUUUUAAAAAAAAACUAUUUUCUUUUUUUGGUACCAGGAAUCAAACUCGGGGCUUCACACUUCCCAGGCAGACGCAGGACCACUGAGCUGCAUCCCCAGCCCCUCAAAUAUUCACGUUUCAGAGUUCCUGUAAUUUACUAGAAGAUUAGCUGCCCAUGCUUAACCCUGUUUCAUAAAUUGUUGUAACUUAGCUCUCUGGUUUCUCAAUCUAGAAAAGAUUAAGUCCUACAGAUUCAAGAACAGUUAUAAUAGUAAUCUGACCAUUGUCUAAAAAAUCACAAAUUUCCCGAUUGCUCCUCUCUUUUGGAUCCUUCCUUUCUCAAUAUAUGAUCUCUAACCUAUGCCAGUAAAAAGAAGGACCUUUCUUGAGGGAACCAUUAUUUCAUCAAAAGCUUAUUGCUCUUCCCUAACUUUUAUAUUACAAGAGGUAAGAAAAGUAACAGAAAACACAUUUGACCAAAGCACGAAAUAAUAGCUGACAGUUAAAUGUGAUAAAGUAAAUAAACGAGUUGAUAAUUUUAAAAAUAAUAACCAUAUUAGGUUAUCUGCAGUGGGUCAAAUACCCACCUUGGUAAAUCUUUAGGAUAUUGUAUUCCUAACGAAGAUGAAAAAAUGGUACUAUAAUCUGCAUGGUCUGUUUUAAAGUUUAAAAAGACAAAAAAUAAAAAGUAAAACUUAAGAAGGCAUGUUAUACAUUAUUCUGUCACCAGUAGUUGAGGAAACAGUUUAGACUGUAAAAGGCUAACUGCAUUUGACUAAACAUUUAGGUAGAAUGCUUCAUUCCCGAGUGCUGAUAAUAAGGUAUUUUUUAUUAUAUUACAUUUCAGCAAUGGUCUGUGCCUUGGUUUUUUACUAAUCUAAAUAAAUUCUACUCUUCAAAAUGAGAGAUAAACUUUCCAGUUUAACCAGGAUGCUGUGAUAUUUUAGUAAAUGUUCACAAAGAUAACUGAGGAAACAUGAGACCUGUCAUACCUAUGGAUAUUGUAACAUGAAUUGUAAUCCAUUUCUGAUGUGUCUUAAAUUGGUCUAUCUCCUGAGCAAAUGUCAUUUAUAUGCCUGUUUCAAAAAAAUUAAAAUCUUUUUUAAAGAACCA